UCCUUGGGUUGAUUGUCAAUGUGAUUGCCAAAGGAAACCUGGGAGGUAUGGUUUCAUGUAUUUACCUCUAUACAAUGGAACUCUAUCCAACUGAAAUCAGGCAGAUGGGAAUAAGUGUUGGUAAUUUUGCUAUACGCUUUGGCUCACUGCUGUCUCCACUUGUCCUUAUCGUAACCCACCGUAGCCCUGUCUUGUUGCUUCUGUUAUGUGCAACAGUGCAGUUCCUAUCUGCUCUGGCUAUUUCCUUUUUAAUUGAGACCCAUGGGCUCCCACUGCUGGACACUAUCCAUGAGACGGAAACCAGGAUAAAGAGGCUUCAGUCUCCCAAAGGAAAUGCCAGUCAAGAUGUACAAGAGAGACCAGGCUUGUUUACCCCUGAAAUUCCAGAAGCUGAGAGCCCCGUGUGAUGGUGUUUUAAAGCCCCUUGUCUAUUCUUCUGGAGGACUGUAAUUUUGUGGCCCAGUUUCGUUGUAUUUGCAUAUUGGAAAUAAAUUCUGUCUUUCCUGGAUUGAGAGUGGAUCCUCUGACUGCUGAGUGCCCGGAACAAGGUGAUUUGAUAGAAAUUCCCUGCCAUUCAAUAUGAAUAAUAAAGUCUUAAAUAUUCAAUAACCUACUUCAAAAUAACACUAACAAACAAAU